AUGGUUGAACCCUUCCUAGGUACAUGGAAGCUGGUAUCCAGCGAAAACUUUGAGGAUUACAUGAAAGAACUAGGAAUGAGCUCUGAAGCUAGAAAUGUGGCUGGAUUAGUGAAGCCAAGUGUCACUAUCAGUGUCAAUGGGGAUGUGGUGAGCAUCAGAACAGACAGUCCUUUUAAGAACACUUCAAUCUCCUUCAAGCUGGCAGAAGAGUUUGAGGAACUCACAGCAGACAACCGGAAAGUGAAGAGCACCAUAACAUUAGACAGUGGCUCAAUGAUUCAGGUCCAAAAGUGGCCCGGCAAGGAGACUACAAUCAAAAGACAAAUUGUAGAUGGAAAAAUGGUAGUGGAAUGCACCAUGAAUAAUGUUGUCAGCACUAGAGUCUAUGAAAAGGUGUGA